AUGUCCCAGGAACACCACAAGGUCGUCAUCAUCGGCUCUGGCCCCGCUGGCCACACCGCCGCCAUCUACCUCGCCCGUGCCAACAUGAACCCUGUCCUCUAUGAGGGCUUCAUGGCUGCCGGUGUCGCCGCUGGCGGCCAGCUCACCACCACCACCGAAGUCGAGAACUUCCCUGGUUUUCCCAAUGCCAUCUCUGGCCCUGAGCUCAUGGAGCUGCUGAAGCAGCAGUCCACUCGAUUCGGCACCACCGUCAUCACCGAGACCAUUUCCAGGGUCGACUUUUCCCAGCGCCCCUUCCGCCUCUGGCGCGAGGGUGCCGACACCGAGGACCAGCAGGCCAUCCUGGCCGAUGCCGUCGUCAUUGCUACCGGUGCCACUGCCAAGCGGCUCAACAUUGCUGGCGAGGACGUCUUCUGGCAGGCUGGUAUCUCGGCCUGCGCUGUCUGUGACGGUGCCGCCCCUAUCUUCCGGAACAAGCCCAUCGUCGUCGUCGGUGGUGGCGACUCUGCUUCGGAGGAGGCCACUUUCCUCACCCGCUAUGCCUCCAAGGUCUAUGUCCUCGUCCGCCGCGACAAGCUCCGCGCCUCCAAGGUCAUGGCUGACCGCAUGCUCGCCCACCCCAAGAUCGAGGUCCUGUGGAACAAGAUCCCGAUCGAGGCCAAGGGCGACCGCCUCAUGAAGGAACUCGUCAUCGAGGACACCGUCACCAAGGAGCGCACCACCCUGACCGCCAACGGCCUCUUCUAUGCCAUCGGCCACCAGCCCAACACCGCCAUCUUCCAGGGCCAGCUCGAGACCGACGAGGUCGGCUACCUGGUCACCAAGGUCCGCGACGGUGCCGCCAGCACCUACACCAGCGUCGAGGGUGUCUUUGCCUGCGGCGACGUCCAGGACAAGACCUACCGCCAGGCCAUCACCGCUGCUGGAUCGGGCUGUAUGGCUGCUCUGGAUGCCGAGCGAUGGCUCGAGGCCCAGGAGUUUGCCGCCGGCCACUAA